AUGGUGGCCGACCCCGCUUGCGCCGCACAGUUUGGGUUUAUCAUGAAGAGCCUAAGGGCGUGGGUCGCGGAGGAGCUUAGGGAGGAUCGCAUCCCCCCUAUUGACGCCCGCGCGAUCCUCGCAAAUGGGCAGCUGCUCUUUAGAGAAGCAAGGACUAUUUCUCUGGUCGGGGGCCUCGCCCGCGCGGGGAUUUCGGAUCUUCACGAACUAAAAACACCCGAUACUAUCAUUUCGCUCAUGGAAGCAAUCUUGAACACAAACGCGCGAGCUCCAGAGACGUUUUGGCGGCAAACCCUCAGACGUUUGAUAGAGCUAAACGACGAGCUGCAGGAUCGAAUGUCGGGUGCAAUGGAUUUUUUUUCUUCUUCCACGAAUCCAGAAAAGGGUAAGUUUCCUGACAAAUGCUACUUAGAUGAAGAAAAUGAAGAGCGUCCUUCGGUGCAAGUUGGACAUGUCUUUUCGGGGUUAAGUACGCGGCAGAUUUUUCGCUUGCUAAUGGUACUCCGGGGGGGCGACUAUUAUGGUGAAAUCGCCACAUUCCACAACCUCGCCGACCAAGCUCUUAAAAACGUCGUUUUUGAAACCGAAGCCGCGAAUUUCGAGGAAUCAAUAGUAACUACCCCAACGAUGGUUCUCCUCGAGCAUCGCGUGCGUCUUGUUUCAGAUCUUAGCGUUGAUGAGUUCCUCGAGCUCUUGAAGAUCGCUGGGGGGUUUCGAAUCCCUUUUCGUGUUUCAGCAGAGCAGGUUUCUCGACAUCUUCUCGCGCCGAUGGUAGAUUUUUCGAAUUCGGAUAGGUUGUUGAACAUAUUUCAGGUAAUACGACAAACACGUUGUUCUUCGAAUCUUCUCUUCUUCACUCUAGCGAAAAAAAUACAAAAAAACGUCUUCACAGCCCCCUAUCAGCUACCCCUUUCUAAAUCUUUUAUCAAAACAAUCCUGCAAGAACCAGGAUUUCUUUCCUGCGAGCCGCUGGUCGAUUUUGUUGAGUUCUUUCUCGCAGUUUGUGAGUAUCACAUAACGAAGCUUCGCGCAACACAGCUGAACACCAUCGCAGGGCAGUUUUACGCGCUUUCCCGUCAUUUUUCCCCCAUCUCCAUAGUAGGGCUUCGGAUACGAGAGGUUUUACACCUAAUAUGCAAACAAAUGGAGUACUUACUGAAAUUGGGUGUAGUAUCACCGCAUCUGCCGACGACGUUGCUGGAGUAUACAAUCAUCCUUUCGAUGCGGGAGGAUGCAAAUCAGUAUCCAAAUGUUGCCAGCCUCCGCGCGGCACGUGAUACGGCUGUGAAAAGCGCAGAAAAAUGGGGGACAAAAGAAGAAAACGACGUUCUUUGUGAAGCACAAAAGGAAAAUCAUAUCGUGCCUACGACAUCGAAACGCUGGGAGUUGAUGCGGGAAGAUGAGUUUCCCUCCGUCUCCAAGGCCGCUGUUCAUGUUUACGACGAGUUCAUUUAUAUUUAUGAGCGUAGUUUAAUCACAAGGUGCACUCCGACGAUUGAGGAUAUCAGACGUUUUUCCGAUACAAUGGAAAAGACGGGGUUGUAUAACCUAUUGAUCGGUGCAGAUUGUAUGCGAAAAGCGCACAUUGAUAGACACGUAAGUAAUGCUUUGGAUGAAAAGGCACUUUUAAACGGGCCGUUUGAUUCUUUCCCUGGAUGGAUUGAACAGCGUGUGAGUGCCAUUGUACGUAAGAAGAUAUUUACCGCCAGAUUAACGCAUUCAUCGAGCGAUGAUCAAAUACUUCGAGUAUUAGGACAUCUGCACUGUGAUAGCUCCAAAGUGCGAAAGAUUAUAGAUGUGUUGGAUACCUCGAUCUUAAGGAUUCUACGUAGCCAGCGUGAUGUGUGGAGCUAUGUUGUGAUCUUAGCGCAUCGCUUCGGUACGGCUGAGGAGCAAUUGUUAGCGGAACAACAACUAAAAAAGGCAUUGUAUUAA